AAUGGAGAGCAUCCUUUGAAACACAAGUUCAUUUGGUCAACAAUUAAUUGAAAAACUCUAUUUUCUUGGCGUCCACAACCUUUCUUCUCCUUAUAAAAACCUGCAUUGUUUAUGAGCAAAAGUGUGAUGACCAACGGUUUAGGAAAUACUAGAAAAAUGCCAAGUUCCGCCAUUUUAGCCAUUGGUGGGAAAUGUGUGAGGGAGGCAAAAAGAGAGCCCCUUUGGGAUAGAGUGAAUCUAAUCUAAUAUCUAAUUACCUAACCUUCAUCCUCUUCACAUUUAUAUGUUUCAAUUCCUUCAUUCCCUUUUUGUCACAUCUAAACCAUUUCUAAUUUUUAUGGACAUUAGUUUGUUUACUUGCCACUAUGCAUUUGUUUUCUUAUUUUUUUUGGUUUUUCAGUUCAGGAAGUGAUUAGCUAAGGUUUUAAACCCACUUCUUAUCACCUACCAACUUUUUCCCCGCUUUCCCAACUUCCUUUGUUUGUUUACCUUUUCUCCUUCUAACUUUUAUUCAUUUCCCCCUGUUGAUUAUGGGGGCCUUGCUCCGGAAUGUGUUCAUCAUUGAUCCUAAAGGGCUAGAAUUGUCCCAUAAGCAUCAAAGGUUCAUGGCAAAGACCAGGAAAAAAGGUUUUGUGCAUUGUCAAAGUGGCAGCAACGUGACAAAGAGCGACAAGUUUUCACCCAUUUUGUCCGAGAGAUCCACGUCGAAAAACCAAGGUCAUGGGGCAGCUAUAAUGGAUCCAAGCAGCAGCUUGGUGUUGAACCCGAAUGGGAAGAAUUCGGCUGAGAUCAUAGCAAAGGACCUGACGCCUUAUAAUGGGGCAAGUACGUUAGCUCAUGCACAAGAGGGGAUUGGGAUUGUCAAGUUCCUCAGAGGGAAGACUUUCUUUGUCACUGGUGCAACUGGGUUUUUGGCUAAAGUUCUUAUAGAAAAGAUCCUAAGGACAGUGCCUGAUGUUAGUAAGAUUUAUGUCUUGAUCAAGGCAAAGAACAAGGAAGUUGCAAUUAAGAGAUUAAAAAAUGAGAUCAUGAAUACAGAGAUUUUCAAGUGUCUCCAACAAAUCCAUGGGAAGUCAUAUGAAACCUUCAUGCUAAGCAAGCUCAUCCCGGUGGUUGGAAAUAUUUGUGAAUCUAAUAUUGGUUUAGAUGAGGCUUCUACGAGUAUGAUUGCUGAAGAUGUAGAUGUUAUUGUGAAUUCAGCUGCUAAUACAAAUUUCCAUGAAAGGUAUGAUGUAGCAGUUGAUAUUAACACACGUGGACCAGGACGGGUAAUGGCCUUUGCAAAAAAAUGUCGGAAGCUUAAGCUCUUCCUGCAAGUUUCGACUGCUUACGUGAACGGACAAAGGCAAGGGAGAAUUAUGGAAAAGCCAUUUAGGAAAGGAGAGAGCAUCACAGAGGAGAAUCUUGUAAAUGGGAAUCUACCAUGUUCAAUUCCUCUUUUGGAUGUUGAGGGCGAGCUAAACCUAGCUUUUACAUCAGCAGAAACUUUUGAAGAUAAUAAAGUAUCCCAGAAAAUGAAAGAGUUAGGUCUAGAGAGGGCAAGGAAACAUGGGUGGCAAGACACUUAUGUGUUUACCAAGGCUAUGGGAGAGAUGCUACUCGGGAGUACGAGAGGAGAUGUUCCAGUGGUCAUCCUUCGUCCAAGUGUCAUUGAAAGCACUUGUAAAGAUCCGUUCCCUGGAUGGAUUGAAGGCAAUCGGAUGAUGGAUCCAGUAGUUACUUACUAUGGAAAAGGAUUGCUGUCUGGUUUCCCAGUUGAUCCAUUUGGGGUGAUUGAUGUGGUUCCAGCUGAUAUGGUUGUUAAUGCAACAUUAGCAGCUAUAGCUAAGCAUGGAACGGGUGGGAAAUCAGAAAUAAGUGUAUACCAAGUAGCUUCAUCAGUUGAAAACCCGUUGGUUUAUGGAGAUUUAGGUGACUUGCUUCACCAAUACUUCACGAGAUGGCCAUGUAUAGACGCACAAGGAAGACCAAUUCAAGUGGAGCCCUUUAAGUUCUAUGGAUCAAUGGAUGAUUUUUCAUCUCAUAUUUGGAGAGAGACAGUACGUUACAUGAGUUCGUCUAUGAUGCCGUCACCUAAUGGAAAGCAAACCAAGAAAAUCGAAAAUAUUUGUAGGAAAGCUGUGGAGCAGGCUAAACACCUUGCCAGUGUAUACGAACCUUACAGCUUUUAUGGUGGAAGGUUUGAUAACAGUAGCACAAGUUCAUUGAUGAAGAGCAUGUCAGACGAGGAGAAGAGGACAUUCUGUUUUGAUGUCGGGAGCAUAAACUGGACGGAUUACAUAUGCAAUAUCCAUAUUCCAGGUCUAAGGAAGCAUGUCAUGAAGGGAAGAGGGCAGGGAACCUAACUUUGUAGUUGUUAUAUCAGUGAUUGUUAAUUAAAAUCAAAAUCGUUUUGUGUUAAUUUUCAAAAAUAAAUUAACUUGUAUGCUUAUUAUAAUGCCAUUUAUAUGAUUAACUCGCUUGACAGAAUUGAAAGAUGUUGUCCUUGAAUAAACGAAUGUAAUUUAUCAAGUAUGUAAUGACAAGUUCCUUGAAAAGGUUUUACUA